AUGGUGUUGUGUUUAUAUGCUAACAUGAGCUUAAGAAACCGGACCCAGCGCCGGUGUAGAGUGCGCAGCGAGGAUGGCUAUCGCCCUCAAGGCGACGGUCUUCAUCAGCACUGCGGCAGUUCUGCGUCAUAUAUCAGCUGUUUCGCCGGUAAGGGGUGCGCGCUCGUGACGUUUCUGGUUUGUCGCGUAUCGCGAGCCGGCGGCGAGAUGGCGUCCACCAUGCAGCUCGAAUUUACACAGGCUAUGACCGAUUUCAAGACGAUGUUUCCGGACAUGGACGAUGACGUUAUCGAAGCUGUAUUACGCGCUAACCAGGGCGCUGUAGAUGCGACGAUUGAUCAACUUUUAGCGAUGAGUACAGAUAAUCAGAACGAACGAUUGCGUCUUGAAAUGGAACGCGUGGAAGGCAGUACUCCAUCACGUCGUAAAGAUCGGCGUUCGGGUUGCAGACCGGCAGAUUGUGAUGAUAAUGACACUACAGCACUUGUAGAUGUUGACGACGAUUCAAUUCCUUUAGCUAUUAGAAAAAAAUGGGUACCUCGCAUGCUGGGACCACUUCCCCCAAUGUUCUUGCGAAUACCCCCCGGUACUGAUGCCAGGAUAGAUCUCAGUUUAGAAAUGGAUGACGAUCGUAUAGCAACUUUCUUGCAAAAUGAAGAGUUUAUGGCAGAGCUGCGUUGGAACCAGGAGUUUAUGGCUGCUUUGGACAGCGAACAGGGACAAAAGACAAAGUGCCAUGACGAUGAAGCAGCGUUCAAGGAGAGACUGAAGAAUAUGGGCAAAUUGUCGCGGAAGAAAUUUGCACAAUUUUCGAGGAUGUUCAGCUCUGUUAGAGGCGGAUCCCGGCGCACUGGCGGUAAUCAACGCGCUCCCCCACGCGGCCCGCCCGACAGCCUCCUUCUUGAAGAGGAACACAGUGAUGACGAAGACCGCUCACAUACAAACAAAAUAUAA